AUUAAAGAAACCACUAAAGGAAAGAUCGAGAAAACAAAAGAAAAGUCAAUUCACGGAUCUCUUCGUUCCAAUUAGCGUAAACCAUUCUCUCUACGUCUUCAUCUUCUUCCAAAACCCUAGAAACAAACACCUUCUCAAUCUUCCCCAAUUUUACAUCAAUGGCGUCUCGGUUUACCAGCAGAUUCAUCUCUCGUCUUCUUCAAAACAGAAACCCUAACUUCCUCCACUCAAAUCACCGUCCAAUCUUCACCACAAUCCCCAAUUCUUCAUCCAUUUCAUCACCUACACUCUCAUCUCUCUUCCAUUCCAAAUUUCCACCCUCCAACCACCGCUUCUUCUCCACCGCACGCCGCCACCCAAACCGCCAACAAAAACUCGACAUCGGCGCACGCGCACGCCAGAUGCAAACCCGCCGUCUCUGGACAUACGCCAUAACCUUCAGCUGCAUCGCCGGAUUCAUAAUAAUCGUUCUCAACCAAUUCGAAGAUCAAUUAGUCUUCUACGUCACACCGACAGACGCCUUAACAAAAUACUCCGAAAACCCUAGCAAAAACAAGUUCCGUCUCGGCGGAUUAGUUCUAGAAGGUUCCGUAGCACAUCCGGCGAGUUCUCAUGAGAUUGAGUUUGUGAUUACUGAUUUGAUUACGGAUAUGUUGGUUAGGUAUGAAGGACAGGUGCCGGAUUUGUUUAGGGAGGGACAUUCUGUUGUUGUUGAAGGUUUUGUGAAGCCGAUAACCGAACAGAUUAAGAGUGAGGUGUCGGAGAAGAGUGUUUCCGGGAAGGCGAGGAGUGUCGAGUGUUAUUUUUCGGCGAGUGAGGUUUUGGCGAAGCAUGAUGAGAAGUAUAUGCCGGCGGAAGUGGCGAAUGCGAUUGAGAAGAAUAAGAAGAAGCUUGUGGAAGAAGCGGGUGGGCAGAUUGAAGGACGGGAGGAUGCUGCUGCUGCUGUUCCGACCGCGUAAAUUUUUAUACGUGUUUUCGGUCCGUUACAGGUAAGAAGGUAUAUUGCUGUGUAUGGUAUUAACUGUUGGUGUGUUAGUGGAAAAACCAGCCCAAGUUUUUCCAAUGAUACUAUGCAAGCAUGUAGGAAGAAGAUGGACAACGGAGAUGGGUUCGGCUUGCUUGUUUCAUUUCAAAUGAAAGUCGGCGGUUGGGGAAUAACCAUUUAAUAAGAGACAACUCUUUAGAUUCAAAUCUCAAUUUUAGACCCGGGAUACACAAUAAAUAGUCUCGCUUGGUUGGAAAUUGUUUGGGUCCGCAAAAGUAAGUGUACUUAAAAGAAGAUUGUUACUAACAGGGUAUUGUGUAACGAUGAGUGGUAUCUUUGAUAUGUGUUAUACAACGAAACAAUUCUUAGCCGUCACAUAGAGAUGGGUGUUUCCUCUCAUGACUGACUCAGGCGUUGGAACAAGUACUGUGGUUGAGAGAAAAGUGAAAGGCGUGCUGAAUGCUUGUGGUAAUUGUACUGCAAUGAAUAAGGGCAUAUCUUUGUCGUUUGAGGUUGAGGUCUUUUAUACUUGAAUGUAGGGUAGAGACAAUCGAUACACCAUACUGAAUGUCAUAUCGUUAUCCAAUUGACUUCUGCCUAUGGUAUCUUUCCUACUAUACGAGUGCAUCGUGGGUAAAGUCACACCAUGUAUAAUGUUUCUGUAAAUUACCUGGAUAAUAGGGUGCUUGUGAUUCGAAUUUUGUACUCCACGGUUAUAUUAACCUCGAUGUGGUGGUCCGAACGCGA